AUGGCGGCUAUCCUGGGCAUGGGCAACCCUCUGCUCGACAUCUCUGCAGAGGUGGGGCAGGAUACCUUCGACAAGUAUGGCCUGAUUCCUGGCAACGCCAUCCUGGCAGAGGACAAGCACCAGCCCUUGUUCACGGAGCUCGCUGCCAAGCCUGAUGUCGUGUACGUGGCAGGCGGCGCCACGCAGAACAGCAUCCGCGUCGCGCAGUGGAUGCUCCAGGAGCCGGGCAAGACUGCCUACAUGGGCUGCAUCGGUGACGACGACUUCGGCAAGAAGCUGAUUGACGCAUGCAAGAAGGAUGGCGUGGACUGCAAGUACAUGAUUGACAAGACGACGCCCACGGGUGCCUGCGCAGUGACGAUUAUGAACAAGGAGCGAUCCCUCACCACGAACCUGCACGCGGCGAACAACUACAAGGCCAGCCACCUUGAGGCAAACAUGGACACGCUGAAGAAUGCGAAGAUCGUGUACAGCGCCGGGUUCUUCAUCACUGUGUCUCCCGAGUCCAUCGAGAUGGCCUCCCAGGAGACGCUGAAGACGGGCGCCGUCUACUGCCUGAACCUCUCGGCGCCAUUCAUCGUGCAGGUGCCCCCUUUCCGGGCCGUGCUUGAGAAGACGCUGCCUUGCUGCGACUAUCUCUUCGGCAACGAGACGGAGGCCCGGGCCUACGCUGAGGCUGUCGGCUGGGACACCGAGGAUGUUGAGUUUAUCGCCACGCGCUUGUCCCUGGUGCCCAUGGCAGGCAGCAAGCCAUACAGGAAGGUGGUCAUCACCCAGGGGGCGGACCCCACUGUCGUGGCCAUCCGCGGCCAGGUGACCAAGUACCCCGUGAUCGCGCUUCCCAAGGAGAAGCUGGUGGACACGAACGGCGCCGGCGACGCCUUCGUCGGCGGCUUCCUGGCGGCCUUGGCCAAGGGCAAGGACAUGGAGGCCUGCUGCAAAGCUGGCUCCUACUCGGCCUCGGUGGUGAUCCAGCACUCAGGCUGCACCUACCCUGCCAAGCCGGACUACACCAUCUGA